GCAGCGCUCGUGUUAGAUGUCAGUGCUAUUUGAACCGUCGCAAGCCUUCUACGAUGCUUCGAAAGUGCCUCCUUUUUCUGGCCAUUUUCCUGAUGGAUUAUUCUAUUUGUAGCUCAAAUACACGUCCUCCAGAAGAGAAGAUUGGCGAAAAUGUUACUGCCAGUAUAUAUGUCUACUAUAAUUCAACAUACCUACCGCAAAGGAUUGUAAACUCCAGAUCCGAGGACGGUCCUCCCCGUACAGGAGAAAUACCGGCUACAUUUCUAAAUCUGUUUAAGAAGGUGGGAGAAUACUUUCAUAAUAGGUCAGUAAUGAUAAAUUUCACUGUGAUAGACGCGGAAACGGACGACUCCAUUGAAGUUUUCUACAAAGAGUUCAAAGAGCUUAAUGCCUCUGGCACACUGGCAAAGUUGAUCAUGGAAAAACCUAAUCAAACUCUGCCACCUACAAAUAUUGCAUUUUACUAUACCAAUGCAACCUUGAUGGAGUACGAUGGUCGCGGGGAUCAAAAGAAGCGCAGUCUACAAUACCUAGCGACAAUGAAUACUUUUUGUACUUGGCACCCAUCUGCCGCGGUUGUAAGUGUCACAUAUGAGUAUCUCAUGAGGGAUUUUAUGCUCACGAUCUACGCAUUAUUCGACAUCUUCGGCAUUAUCUUCAACUCUGGAGGAGUUCAUCCAUCACAAAAGCAAAAGCUAAAGGAACAACUCCUGAACUGCACUGCGACGUCUGAAGGCCUACUUUCUGCACAAGCAAUAUAAUAUGCAAGCGGGAAACUUAAGUCCAAAGUUAAAUAAAGAGUGCCGAAAAUUAUUUGUCGGCUCAAGUAUA